AUGCAGUCGUACGAGUCGACAGCUACUCCCUUGCCCACGACGUCGACGGCGACUCCGACGAGCAAUGGGCGUGUCCCUCGGCCGAGCAGCAAUGGGACGAAUGGUCACGUACAGAAUGGAUCGGCGGUCAAGAAGCGGUGGAUCUUGAAUGGUGCGUGGAGCUCAUUCAUUCUUGAGAAAAGCUAUUGAGCCUCCAAUAAUCAAAAUGCGUGUUGACUGUCUGAGAAUGGAUGUGCUGACCCGCUGUUGUCCUUGUCGUCAUUGACGUCAACGCAGCGUUCGACAUGGCGUGCGCGGGCCACCAAACCCCUGGUCAGUUUCACCCUCCUUCGCAAAAGGCCGAGGGACGGCACGUGACCGAUCUUUUGCGUUCUUGAAUACAAAGUAUCUGAUAAAUAUCUGCACCUUUCUUGUCUUCUUCCGAUUACUUUCAGGUCUGUGGAAACACCCCCUCGACCGCUCGGCGCAGUACCACACGCUCGAGUACUGGACCGAGUUGGCCAAGUUGCUCGAGCGCGGCAAAUUCAAUGGGAUUUUGUGCGUCUCUGGUCGUCGAAUGCCCUCUCUCUCUCUCUCUCCUUGCUCGCAAGUUUCUGACGCAUGCGAUCGCCGGUUUUUGUGGACAAUUCAACAGUAUUGCGGAUACGCUGGGAGCCUACGAUGUAUACAACAAUAAUCCGGAUGCGGCGGCUCGAACUGGCGCACAGUGGGGUGUUGACGAUCCGACGUUGCUGAGUAAGUUUGACCAUGGAUCGGAAACUCGAAACCCCAACAAGCGAGAUGAUUCCAAACCCUGACUUUGGAAACUUCUUCGGGUUCCCCGAUUCCAACAGUUUCGGCUUGCGCACUCGUGACUAAGAACCUCUCAUUCGGCAUCACCCAAUCGGUGACGUACGAGCACCCCUACACGGUCGCGCGCAAGUUCGCGACGCUCGAUCACCUUACCAAAGGACGCGUCGCGAUCAACGCCGUCACUUCGUACCUGACCUCCGCCGCUCGUUCGUACGGCCUGACGGAGCAAAUCGAACACGAUGAGCGAUACGCUCGCGCGGAAGAGUACUUCAACGUCCUUUACAAACUAUGGGAGUCUUCCUGGCGAGACGACGCCGUGAUUCUCGACAAAGCGCGUGAUCUCUACGCGGACCCUUCCCGAAUCCGCAAGAUCCACCACGAAGGCGAAUACUUCAAAUGUGAAGGACCUGCACUGGUCGAACCUUCGCCUCAAGGAACACCCUUGAUCUACCAAGCGGGUUCCUCUUCCGCCGGACUCGCUUUCGGAGCCCGCCACGCCGAAGCAGUCUUCAUGUCCGGUCCAUCGCCCGCCAAGAUCCGCAUCCAAGUCGACGUUUUACGCGAGCUCGUCGAAAAAGAAGGUCGUCCCCGUGAUUCGAUCAAAGUACUCGUCAAACUGCUCGUGAUCGUCGCUGAAACGGACGAGCUCGCUCAGAGCAAGCACGACGAGUACUACGCUUUGGCGUCGCGCGAAGGUGCCAAAGUCCUUUUCGGAGGAUGGAUAGGUCACGAUUUAGGUCUUUACGCACCCGAUGCCGACUUGCGAGAGGUGGGUACGCCGCCUGUGAAAGGCGUCGCAAGAGGGUACGCGGCUUUGUUCCCCGAGGUGGAGAAGUGGACCGCGGACGUGUUGGGGGAUCAUAUCAAGGUUGGGGGGAUGGGGUAUGCGGUUGUGGGAUCACCGAAGACGGUUGCGGAUCAGAUGCAGCAGUGGAUCGAUGAGACGGACUGCGAUGGAUUCAGUUAGUCGUCCGCAUUUCAAUCGUCGAGCGGCCGAGUCGAGACGCUGAACUUGCGAAAUUCCUUUCGCAGAUUUGUGCUACGCGAUCACACCGGGGACAUUCGAAGAUAUCGUCGAUCUGCUCGUUCCCGAACUCCAACGCCGGUGAGUUUAUCCGCGUACUCUUGGGUCGAAGAUGCUCGCGCUGAAUCAGACUUGGCUUCCGAAUCGCCGAACCGUCCUUCUCGAAACAGCGGCGUGCAUUGGACCGACUACCCUCAACGCCCCGACGGCCAAGGUAUCACAGCCCGCGAAGGGAUCUACGGGGUCGGCCAGGUCAAACUCGACGAGCGUCAUUACGGCGCGCAGUACAAAUGGCGAGCGGGGCAGGACGUGCCUCCGAGCCUUGAAAAGAAGUCUUUAAUUUCGGCCGGAGCGACAGAGACGGCCGGAGAUUCGGAGUCGACGGUGAAUGCGAAAAAGCGUAAAGUCGCAUGA